CACAGGACCUUAAAUCUAGUUGAGUGGCAACUCCCAAGGUUCACCCUAAUUUAUGGAAACCAAGGAGUGGCUUAGAGCUGAUGAACAAUGACCUUCCCAGCACCAACCCUGAAGACUCGAUGUCCUGCUUUGAUUUUUCCAAGAAUGAUUCAUAUCUCAUGUCAGCAACAGGAGGGAUGAUCUCCAUUUUUGACAUGACAACAUUUAAGACGAUGAAGAAAGUCAUGCCACCGCCACCUGCAGCAACAUGUCUUACUUUUCACCCUCGAGAUGACAAUAUAGUUGCUAUUGGCAUGGACAGUUCCACCAUUGUAAUAUACAAUCUCCACUCAGACGAGGCUACAAGGAAGCUUGAGGGUCACGCCAAAAGAGUGCCUUGCCUUCUCAAACACUCUGAAUAUUUUUCUGUGGGGUGCUGCUGGUGGGAAAAACAGAGAAGCAAAUUGUUGCAGACUCCAGAUGGGAAGGAGUUGAGAUCAUAUUGUCAGAUACUUACAUCCAAAUUCACCAGAAUGAGCUGCACCUCCUUGCCAUAAACAAGACUCACCUUGCAGUGUAUGAAGUGAAAGAACUAGCAUGUGUUUAGGGGGAGGGGAGGCUAACCCCAUCCCAA